AUGGUAAAGGAACAAUCCAGCAAGAAAAAGGGACAACCGACAGAAAAGAUUGAUGGGGAUGAAUUACGAAAAGGUCAGCAGGAAGAAGCGAACGGAACCCACCGAUCCUCUCUAAAACAUCGGAGGAUCAGGAUCAAGAACACGUGUGCGAGGAUAGAGACUAGCAGGGAGAUCAGAGGGAAGACUUGUGGACAACAGCCAAUCCUCAACCCCCCCUCGGAGUGCAAGGACCCCGAGGGGCCGAAACAGAAAGAAGCAAAACAGCAAGAAUAUCUCACAGACGAAUGA